UUUAUGGUGGAAUAAAAAAAGUAGUUCCUUGUCCUGCAUGAGUGGGAGUGUGAGGACAGUCAUUUCCGGUUGUCAGAGGGCAGAAAAAGGCACGAGACCAGGUGAAGCCGGUGGAGCAGGUGUCUUUCCAGCUCGAUUCCAGGUGGCAGCACGCAGCUGGGCGCUCGGGGGAGCCAGCCAAUAAAAGCGCGGAAGGCAGCCGCGGGAAAAGAUCAUAUGAGAAGAAAACAAGCCGUGGUCGGAGCGAGGGUAUGGCUCCGCCUAUUGAUCAAAGACCAUCCUCCUCCCUUUUGUCUUUUCUUCACUUUGUUAACCUCAGUAAAUGCCUCGUGGAUUUCGGGCCAAAGCUUAUGGCAUGCCGUCAUUAGCGUCCGUGGGAUCACUGCGCAUCGGCGCGCGCUUAAACCCGACCAGACUCGUUCCUCCUUAUCUCCUUUCCUCCUGAUCUGUGUUUCAUGGAGUGGAAGUGGAAAUCUGUGGCAGCGGCGAGAUUCGCAACCUCCCACUCCUUGUUGCAGGCGGCUUCCAUCGUUAUGCUGAUCAGGGCGUGUGAUCUGUGUUGUGCAAUAAGCAGAAAGAAUUGUCAAGGCUGCAAAAACACAGGUCUGGAGCCAUAUUAGUGCACCGUUAUAAAGCUACCACAGGAUGAGCGGCUAUUCUGUCAAGACCCUCGCAGACCCGACGCUCCAAAGCAAGAUGCCUUUAUUCGACGGACUUUCCAAACCAGAAUCGGUGCCGGGCUUCCUGAGUAAGCAGUACGGCGGGGCCUAUCUUGCUUAUGAUCCUCGAGGAAAAGACGGAGCAGGAUUUACUCCUCCCUGGAGACCAACAAAGACUUCUCCGCUGGAUGACAGAAGUCCCGUGAGUCACCUCUCCGGCAUGGAGGCGAGAAACCACUUAAUGUACAGACAAGACAGCACUUCUCUAGAGGACGCCCGUGCUCAGCCUUCCUCUGUGAGUCACGCCCCGAUGAAGAAAGGUUUCAUGUUGUAUACUAAAAGCCCUGAGAUCAGCCCUGUGACAGUUGGGACUGUUAGAAAGCAGAAAAGCGAACAUUCCCCCUCUCAAAAACACCUUUACCUGGCAAUUCCCAAGCCCGUUUAUGGACAUAACCCCUGCUGCAGUGACCUGGGCUGCGUGAUGGGACAAAGGUACGUGGAGCACGUCCCACCAAAGAUGCCGAGCUCCGUGUAUGAGCCCGACUGGAUGCAAACCUCUGCUCACUACGCCGAAAAGACCCACAUUCAGAGGAAAGAGGUCCUGCAGCAGAGGAGCUUACAGUUUGACAGCAGCACGGAGCCAAAGCGGAUACCGGUGGAGGCGUACAGCCCGAGCAGGGCCAGGACGUUUCCUUCUGUCAGUGAGCCCCCCUACAGCAGUUACCCCUGUACCCCGACUCGCACGCUGUUCGCUCCUUUAAGCGAGCACGGCCAGCCGUUACAAACCGUCCCCGGAGGCUACCCCAGCCUGUACGCCCCCCAUCCCGCAUACGAGCACAUGACCUCAGACAUUUAUCAGGAGCGCUCUCCCAUACCCAAAUAUGGUCAGUUAGCACAGCGCCCUGUGUUUUACUACGCUCAGGCAAACGGGGAGUUAGAAAACAGGACACUGUGUAAAGAUAGUGGCAAUAAGCAGAGAGACGCCCCCCUCCCUCAGAAACACUCGAUCCCAAACCCUCUGCCUCAUUACUUAGUGCCUCCAUCUCUUCAUGCUGAAAUUCCUUUCUCUUGCACUGAAAUGUUGCCAAACCCUUCCUUCAUGCGCGGGUUUGACUAUCCAUAUUUUGCAGUUCCACGGUUUCACUUGAACUCGAGCCAAAUGAGAUCCCCCUUAGAAAGGUCGUCGCCUACCCUGCUUUCCAGUCGCAUCAAUAUUUCCCCACCCAGAGACAAACCCGCCACCAGCCUACACGUUGACAGCUCCUCGCCGUUUGUACGUGUGGACCAAGGCAGCCCAGCCAGCCGUGGAAGCCAGCCUGCCAUCUCGCCGUCCAGCAGACAGGCUGGCAGGUUUUUUCACCCACUCGCUGGUUUGCACCGAGACGCUGGCGCCAGCACGGACAGGCUGCCAGAAUCAUCCUCCUGUCGAGCUCAAGUGACGAAACAGCCGCAAAACCUCGCCGCCUCCCCGACGACGUGGAUGCUCCAGUCGACCACCUCCGAUCAAACGCACGCAGCUGCUGCUUCCGGCGCAAAUGGUCGAAAAGUCAUCCGUUCACCCUCAGGAAGUAAUCGGCUGGUUGCAGAGAGUCUCGUUGGCAAGCGGGCCCUGAAGAGAAGCAUCUCGCACUCCUCUCCACCCGUCAAAAUAAAGGAGGAGGACAGAGAUUUAUAUGAAGUGGAAUGCAGCCAUAAACAGCAAAAAGUGGAAAAGGAGACGGGGAAUAAAACAGAUUCCCCUCCUAUGCCGGUUAUUGAUAAUGUCUUCAGCUUGGCGCCUUACCAACUUCACCUGCAGGCGUCUGGGGUGUUAUUUCCAGGAAGAGUACCUAAGAAAGUCACACAGAUGUCUGACAAGCACGAAGACCAUGACAGCAAAGAGAAGAGGCUGGAAGGAGAUGAUGCUGUCUUAGUUUCCAAAGAUUUAUCUUCAGAGACUGGAGACACUUUUGAAACCCAAAGAAUUAAAAUAGAAAAGGGAGAUCAGUCGGAUUCAGACGGAUCCGUGGAGAUCUGUGACGAAUACAGCAAGCAGACGAUCAAGAAGGAGCACGAGGAUGUAUCUGAAAACGGCUCUGUGAACGAAAAGGCUGACUUUGAAACACAGUCCUCAACUUCAGGAGAAACUGAGAGUUUGGCUGAACUUAAACCUGCUGAACCGAGUGCACUGGUAGACCCGUCUUCGGACCCAAAUGCGGGCAAACAUUUUGUUGCCCUCCUGCCCAAAUCCAGCCAAUCACCUCAAAGCGCUGAGAGUAAAGUCAAUUUCAGAAACAUCCCCCCUCAUUUUCUUAAGCUUUCCACCUACAACAUCAUUAUUCCUGGUAGCAAACACCGCAGCACAGAGCUAGAGACGCUGUCCCCACAGCCGGUGACUGUUCUCUCCCCAAAACCGGACCUGGAGAUACCAGUUCGUAAGCACUUCUUUGAGCUGCACCACUCUCUAUGCAAGCUAAUCUCCAAAUCUGUGUCCGCCUCUUUAGAGGAGGACCUCAAAAACUGGUUGUUUCAGAUGGGAGUCGCAGAACCCCCAUGUCGGACCGAUAAAGUCAAGAAGGUGUCCUCGCUGUUGGGAGUGAAAGCCAGAGAGGUGUGGAUCAACGAGGAGAUCAAGUCAACUCUGGGCAACGUUCUCGACAGGCUGCGGGAGUACACCUCUCAGGAGCGCUGUCCUUUUCCGCACGUCAUGCGGACGGGAGCCGUGUUCCUCCCCAUGCUGGUGAUGAAGGAGCUGCUCUUCCCGAUGGUCCAGGGGAGCUUCAUCGACCAGGUCCUGCAGGAGCACAAGGUGGAGCUGCGGCCCACCACGCUCUCCGAGGAGAAGAUCCUGAUCCAGCUCCACAAGCGAGCGUGCUCCUCCAAGCUGAGGAGGCUGAUGUCCCUCAAGCACCUGCCGCACGUCUACACGGAUGUGGUCAACCUGCUGUAUUACACCUACGUCUGCAAAUGUCUGGGAUUGACUCUUGAUCAGAGAGAAGAAAAUGAAGGUUUCAAAGCAUCCAUCAGAAGGAUUCCCGUUUUCUCAGACGUCACCGCUUCACCAAUUUCACCGCCAGAGCCUCAACAAGGCAGGGACCAAGGAUCAAAUUCGCCUGUGGGCAGAAGCAGAACAAAAACCAGAGUAAAGAGCCGUUCAAGACACGCCUUCCUGGACAGCGAGCUGUCUGACGAGGGAGAAGAUGGCACGAAGGUGGUCGAUGAAGGCGUUCUCGAUGCAUUCGCUAAGAGAAAAAGUGGGAGUGACCUUGCUGUAGAAGAGCAAAGCUCUAUAAUCCAUUCACCAAAUACAGCAUGUGAAGAUUCAUGGAUGUGUCCUUUAACGCCGGACGACCGGUCUUCCUCCUCUGAUGAAUCCAAGUCAGAGAAACCAUCGUGCCCACCGGCGACGUCAAAACUCCAGAUUGAAGCCAAGAAAUGUUCUGGCAUGAUUCUCAAACUGAGGAAGAUGCUCGGUGCGGGCGGGAGCCAAAAAAGGCCUCGCUACCAAGCAGUGUCGGCAUCAGGGACCGUCUUUGAUUCAUCGCAGACUGAGAGAGAAGAUGCGAGUUGCGACGGGACGCUGCGCAGGACGCCUAAAGCCUUGCACAGGUGGCGGAAAAUAGGGGGUUUCACUCGUGCCUUAAGACCAUCGAGCAGCCGCUCCCUGAAAAACCAACGUUCACUCCUAAAAAUCAAGUACUGCCCCUACUUGUCCGCUUGCCACAGUGCUGAACACAGGCGGCGGUGGGUCCUGCGCUCAGCUGUGCAGAGAGCACGGGGAGCCAUGAGGCUCUACUAUCCAGACCUGGUGGGGAAGAAGAUCCACCAUCUGUACGAGGAAGAUGACAAAUCUGAGGUGUGGUACAGAGGAGAGGUGCUGCGGGUCCACGAGGCUCACACCAACCCCAUGAAGACUAUAUUUGAGGUCCGGUAUGACAGCGAGCCCGAAUGGAAGUACUACCUGGAGCUGCUGAUGGACUACAAAAAGGGCUGGCUCAAGAUUGAAGACUAGUCUCUGAAGACACGCCCCUUUAUGAACACUCUGCUCUCCUGCAGUGUUGAAGAAUGAAGCCAGACCGGAUUUUUGUCAUGAGGUCAUCACAACAUUUCAUGUCACAUUUAAAACAAAGUUCAAAAUGCAAUGUGAACAUUUUUAUAUUCUUUGAAAUACUUUAAGUGAACACAGCAGACAAUCCUGAAGAAAAUAAUUCAAACUGCAGGAGAGGAGAGACUUUGAAAAAUGUGACACGAUGACUUUGACUAUUAGCUUUUAAAUGUAUAUUUUCGAAGUUAAUACUGUAACUUUUAUGAAACAGUUUUGUAAAGGGA